GCCGGGUCGCGCGCGCGGGCUGCCGGGAGCGGGGCGGAGCGCGGCCGCGCCGGCGCGUCGAGGGCAGAGGCAGCAGCCGCGAUGGACGUGUUCCUCAUGAUCCGGCGCCACAAGACCACCAUCUUCACGGACGCCAAGGAGUCGAGCACCGUGUUCGAGCUGAAGCGCAUAGUUGAGGGCAUUCUCAAGCGGCCGCCCGACGAGCAGCGGCUGUACAAGGAUGACCAGCUCCUGGAUGACAGCAAGACACUGGGCGAAUGUGGCUUCACCAGCCAAACAGCACGGCCACAGGCUCCAGCCACGGUGGGGCUGGCCUUCCGAGCAGAUGAUGCCUUUGAGGCCCUGCGCAUCGAGCCCUUCUCCAGCCCACCCGAGCUGCCUGACGUGAUGAAGCCACAAGACUCAGGAAGCAGCGCCAAUGAACAGGCUGUGCAGUGAAGGCCUCCUACCCACCCCUGAGACCCAUUCCCCCCAAUAAAAGGGAUUUGGACAUCU